GCUGCCGAUGCGACUCAAGUCAAGUCAAGCGACCUGUCAAAAAAACGUCAGGUUUAUUGAACGACGGUCUACUUAGCAGCCCGUUUAAAUUAAUUAUAAGCUUAAAACUAACGCUAAAGUGAUGAAGUAACACCGCAUCGAACAAAACCAGAACAAACUCAACAUCUUCACUUUUAAAAACUCAUGGCACAUGCGCAUGACGAGGACUACGAAGACAGGUACUACUCGUCGGGCCGUGACAGCGAUGACAGCCCCAUCUUGUAUAACAGGUAUGCAACCCGCAGCGCGCGCUCUGAGUCGCCGGAGCCGCGCACGCGCCGGUCGACGGUCACCGCCCUGGCCAAGUUCUUCCUGUUCUGCACGGCCAUGAUCAUGUUCUGUGUUCUGCUGUACAUACCCGUCUAUAAUAAGGCCAAUGAUCAAAUGUUUAAAGGUGCUGCUGUCGCUGGCUGGUCCAUUAAUACAAACCGCGACACUAAAAUAUACGUUCAACCGAACAACGUGACCACCAUACACGAACCCAAACACAUCUGCUCCCCACACACUAGAGACAAAAAGAACAACUUAUUCCUUCUCAUAAUAGUAUGCUCCUCCACCACACACUUCGACAGAAGAGUAGCCAUAAGAGAAACCUGGGGGCAUUAUAAAACAUAUUUACAAUUAUCUAAAAUUUAUAACGAAACUAGGGAAAAGUAUAAAGAUUAUAAUUAUACUUACGAUUUAUAUCCAUUAGAUAGUCAUAUUAAUAGUAGUGAGAAAACUAAAAGAGAUAUCAGCAGCUUCAAACAUUUGCUGCCAGAGUUAGCUAAGGCUCUUCAAAAUGAUCUUAAUGGUAAUCAAAUUGAAGAGAAAACAGAAGUACCUGAGGAAAAGAGAUUCGAAGAUGAUGUUAUGCUACCUGAAUUUGAUAUGAAUAAAGAAUUAGGUGAAGAUAACGAUUAUAAUUACGAUUACGAGAGCAACGUUAUGAAAAUACCUCCAAAAGGUUACGAAGAUAAUACCAAUUUAGAUAAGGUUCUUAGUAUGUUAAGGAAAGAUAAGCAUUUUCUUAAAGAAGAUGAUAUUCAAGUUAAAGAAGAAACAUUUAAAUUAGAAGGAGAACCAGAUUUCAAACUCUUGUUCCUUCUUGGUUUGCCGAGUAAUGAGAAUGAUACAGAAGUACAGAGUAAGAUAGAAGAAGAAGUGCAGAAGUACGGAGAUGUUUUGCAGGAGGGUUUCAUUGAUUCUUAUAACAAUCUUACUUUGAAAUCUAUUAUGAUGUUGAAGUGGGUUACGAAUAAGUGCAAUGAGAGCGUCCGCUACAUCCUAAAAACAGACGACGAUAUGUACAUCAACGUGCCUGCGCUGGUCACGAACCUGCGAAACCGUUCGCGCGACCACGAUCUCAAGCACCCGAACAGCAAGGAGUACCUGCUUAUUGGGGAUCUUAUAUGUGGCGCUAGGCCGGUCGCUGAUAAGCAUAAUAAGUGGUACAGCCCCCGCUACAUGUACUCCGGACGCGUGUACCCUCGCUACCUGUCGGGUACCGGUUACGCGUUGUCCGCACCCACAGCCUCAGCGCUAUACCGAGCCGCCUUGCACCAGACCUACUUCCAUUUAGAAGAUAUCUACAUUACUGGCAUGUGCGCGCUGCGCGCGUCGCCAGUGAUCCCGCCGCGCGACGACGCCAUGUUCUCGUACCAGCUGCUGGCCGGGGCGGGCGCCGCCUGCGCCGCGCACGCGCGCGUCACGGCGCACCACGUGGCGCCCGCCAACUUGUAUAGUAUAGGGCGGCGGCUGCGAAACCCCAGCAAGGUUGAUCAAUGUGAACGCUUGCGACUAACGCAGGUAAGGAGGGACCGAAUGCGGCCGAAAACGCGCCCUAAGGGCAAGAGACUAAUAAAAAUACCCCCUAGGUUAUAAGGACUAACCAUGUUGGGGACGUCACUACGGUGGCGGGGCGUCAAUAAGUCGACUAGUGAGGGUUUCGAAUGUCGAAACGUUGUCUGCAUCUCUAUCGCUCUUGCAUAUGAAGAUAGAGGCAAACAACGAAUUAUUACAAGCUUUUAUUUAACUUGCCCUGUUAGUAUGUAUGGGACAAAUCUUGCAAGUUAAAUUUGAUCCGGUUUCCGAUUGAGCUGAAAAUUUGCAUACACAUGUAAGUCGGGUGGCAAUGCAAUAUUAUGGUACCAUCGAGCUGAUCUGAUGAUGGAGACAAGACGUGGCCAUAGGAACUCUGUGAUAAAACAACGCAACCUUGUGUUUGGGAUUUUUAGAAUUGGCUCGAUGAGUAUUAGUUGCCUGUGGAAAGAAAAGUACAGUCAGCGAUUAAAGCUUGUACCAAAAAUGAAUUUUUUGCCAAAAACUUAUAAUUUUUGUGUUUAAAAUAAAAAAGUAAGCAAUGAGUUCUCAUCAAGUAUAGUAUUGCUCAUUUUUAGAAAUUAUUUUCAUAUGUUUAGCUUCUGUGCAAAGUUUAUUAUGAUUUUUUUUAAAUGCAUUUUAAACCGCAGCCAAAUAACACUUGACCCUACUCAUAGUGUUGUGUUCCUGUCGGUGAGUAAGGUUGCCAGAGCUCAACGAGGGGGGUGGGGUUAGGGUCGGCAUCGCGCAUGUAACUCCUCUGGAGUUGCAGGUGUACAUAGGCUACGGAGACUGCUUAACAUCAGGCAGGCCGUAUGCUUGUUUGCCACCGACGUAGUAUAAAAAAAGACUAUUUUUCUAUCGAGGGAAAGUCAACACAGGCAAAAAGAUUCGAAUCGCUGAAGUCCCUGGGGAAAGGCCUCAAGAAUGCUUAUUAAUUUUAAGGAAGUCGAAUCGUGUACCAAAAAAACGCUACAUAUUUUAAUCCGUUUUUUGAAGUAGCACCUUAAUAUGACACCGCCUUAAUGAUAAGAUUGAAAAACGAAAAUGAAAUUAUAUUAUAUGCAUAUCGCUCUUGCAUAUUCGAGCGAUAGAGGGGCAGAUAAAGGAAAGGAAAAGGAUAACAGUUGCUACGAAUUGUCACGCGACUAUACUCUGUAUCUUUAGGUAUUUAAAUAAAAGUAAACAAAAUCUACCCUCAAAUGGCUCCUUAAGCCAGUACAUGAAAACAUUACAUGAUCAAAUAAUGUAGGUUAAAGUCAGGCCGUUCAGUGAUAGAUCCAGGCGGUUUUUAUUUGGUUGGUUAAACAAUAAAUGUUGUAACUACCCGAAAAUGUACAAAAUGUUUGUUUACUUUUAUUUAAAUGCCUAAAGAUGCAGAGUAUAGAGUCAGACAAGAUGGUGCACGUGUUAUUUUAAAAACAAAACUUCUAUGAAAUUAUGACGUUUACUGUUUACUUAACACUUACACCGUCUGGGCUAUCAGAAUCGCUGCCAACUUAGCUUGGUCUGACUAUGUCCAUACAUUACAUAAUUUUGAUCGGCGUUUUUAUCAGUGAUUGACAGAUAUGUUCUAUCAUCGAAAGUUAGACGCCCCGCCAUCAAAAAUACAUUUUAAAUUUUGUUUUAUAAAACUAUUUCAAAAAUGUGAUCAAAUCAGGAAGAAACAGUUUUAUAGAAACGACGUAAGGGACAAGAUCGUAAAAUUGGUGGAAAGAAUUGAAAAUGUUGCCUUAAAUAAGUUAGGACUAACGAUUUUUGUCCCUUAAACAUUAAAAGUAUUUUGUAGUGACUUCUAAUUUAAGGAAAAAGGGCCUUUUUGUAAAAAGAUAUGGUAAAGGUUUUCAAUUUAUUAUUAAGUAUAUUUAAUUGUGGUAUUAGUAUGUCAAGUUGCCAAAAUAUUGGUUCUGUAAUAAAUUAUUUUCAUUGGGCCAUUUUAUAUUUAUAUAUUUUUUAAACGGUACAAUUUGAAUUAAAAAGGUACAAUUAUUGUUAACCACUUUUGCAUGAUAUUUAAUUCGAUUUAUUUUACAUUUAUCAUGUUUAAAUUAAAGUGUGUCAUAAAAAGGUUAGGUUGUACAUUUUAAGGUAAGGGCAUUUAUUUGUGUGAUGAGCACAGAUAUUUGUUCCUGAGUCAUGGAUGUUUUCUAUGUAUUUAAGUAUUUGUAUAUUAUAUAUAUCGUUGUCUGAUUACCCACAACACAAGCCUUCUUGGCUUACCGCGGGACUUAAUCAAUUUGGGUAAGAAUGUCACUAAUAUUCAUUUAUUUAUUUUCAUAUAUCUAGAUUCAAAUCGCGUAAGUAAAUCAAAUUGAUAGACCCUUAUAACCUAUAGGGCUUUAUUCCAAACAUAAGACUUAAAACAUUGACCAAAUGAUAUCAAAAUAUAUAAUGUAUGUUUUCGUAGGCUAGCAUGCAUAUUUUAAAAAUAGGGCAAUUGACAGCUAAAUAUGGGAGGAUACUUUGGCAGCUGUUUGCAACUACCCCACGAAGCAGAUUUUAUCCAGUAACUGUAAUUUUGAAUAAGUUUUUUUUAUUGAAUACAAUGCAUGUUACACAUUUUCCCGAUAUAUCGUCUUCCUUUAUGUUUCUUGUAGAAGUAUCAGUAGCCAUUUUGUUUGUACAGAAUGCCUUUUUUAAUUAAUCUGAAGCGUUUGUUAAUAAAGAGUUAAAACUCUAAUUACUCAAUGCUUCUGGGGAUUUUUUUGAGGAAAUCUCGCAAUAUAAAAAUCUCAUGAACCCGAGUUUACGCAAUUCAUUUAGUAGAUAGGUUCUCUAGUGUAGACUUAGAUAGGCAACUAAAUGUCAUUGACAAAAAACUUUUUUAACGCCUUUAAAGGCAGUCUUGGUCGCAGUGCUUCUUGGUAAGAUGCUAAUAUUUAUUAAUAACAGUUGGUACAGUUAAAUAAUAAAAUUAAUUCUCGACUCGAUAUUCAUAGUACAUAUAUCAUAAUGUAAGUCGCAUUGGAUGUUUGUCUGUCUUUAGUGUUGAAUCAAACUGUUUUAAUGGAUAAUAAUGAUCUAUCAGUUUCAAAAAAAAGUAAAUCCUAAAAGGGUGUUUAAAAAAAAAAACGCAUGUUGUUUAGUUUAUUUAAAAAUGUAGUGUCAUAUCUACUUAAAAUAAGUAUAUUCAAAAAGUAUGCAAUAUAACGAACAAAUGUUUAAUCAAGAAAAGCGUGAAAAAAAAAGUAAAAAAGUACAUUAUUUCUGAUAUAACCCCGAUAAAGAUUUCUUUGUAGAAGUAGGUGUUUUUCCUUUUCAAUCAAUUUCAAAAGUCAAUAUAUACUCUGGUCUGGUACACCAGCUUUGUAAGUAGAAAGUGGCGGCAAAUAAAAAUACGAGGGUUGAUUUUUCAUACAAAUUUUGAAUUUAACGCCUUUAUCUACUGACAUAAUGGCUUGCCAGAGUUUAAUUAUGAAAUUCUCUCCGUAAGUAUAAGAUCAAACUCCGUCUCGUAAUAAUUAUAAAUCUUAAUAUAAAAACAUACACGUAUAAAUAUGGCCAAUAGAAAUAUAGGAAUGGAAAAGCUGUACAUAAAUAAAAAGAAUGAUGCAUGUUGUGUAUAUUCACUAGAGAUAGUAACAUAUUAUUUACUUUUGCAAAUAUGAACUAUAAGAUUAAAACGCUUUUCUAAUGAAACUUUAAUUUGUGUAAUUUUAAGUAGAAACACUAAAUAUAUAUUAUUAACUUAAUAGUGUUUCAGUUAAAUAACAAAGCGGGCCCUGAUAGUCAACUUUUUAUCAAUAAAUAAAGUAAUUACUUCAUUAUUUAUUAUAAAUAAAUAAAUCUAUUAUGAUAGCCAAUACAUUUUCCGUAAUUUUGAAAUUUAAAAAAUAUGCGAUAUUAUUAUUUUUAUUUCAAAAUUAUAUUCUUAUUUUCCGACCAAUUCUAUGCUAAAUAAAUCGGGGGCUUUUGGAACCCGCAGUAAAUGAUAAACUGAAAUAAUAAUUGUCAUAUGUGAAAGAAGAAGUACCAGAGACUUCCAGAACCAAAGCAGACUUUUUUAAUUCAUUUUUUAAGUAAUAGUGUUUCUACUUUAAAACACAAAACAAGAUAUUGAAUAAAAAUACAUGUAUGUAUUUAUUUCAAAUCAAAAAAAUAAGAAAACGAUAGUUCGCGAUCGGUUAAAUAAAAUAAUUUAGUUGACGGGAAUGUUUUAUGUGGGUUAGAUUUUAUGUAAAUUAAUUAAAUAUUUCCUUAGAAGCACCCACUUCUGCAUAAUAAACAGUUUUUGUCAUAUCUAUUUGCAAGAGUGAAAUAAUAUUUAUCUAGUUAUUUUGCUCUAAUAUGAUCUGUUGUAUAAUACUGUUGUUUGAUUAGUUAUUUGCAAGCAUGCUCAUUUUCUCAUUGUAUAUUUACUUUCAUUUUAUAUAUUUGUCAUUUCUUAAUUAUUUUCUCCCUUUCAGAUGAAAGAGCCCCAACAUAAACUAUAUGUGUUGUACAAGUACAUCAAAAUGCUGGUUUCUCCCGAAUGCUAAUGGCGUAGCUAAGUUACAACACAAACUUAAAACCACAGUUUUCAUCGAUGGAUUAUGGAUAAAUACGUAUCGGCUAUUACUUAAAUACGUACCUUAAAUAGUAAUAAAUGUGACAAAAAUAAUUUUACAUAUCAUGACUGUGUCUCUCAAGUAAAACCGUAAUGUAAAAAGUAUUAUAUUUGUACUGACUGACGAACAAAUAUUAUAAUAGAAUUAUUUGAAUCCUUUUGUUCUUUGAGAGUUGUAGAAAAAUGUCCCUAUUUGCUAAAAUGUAUAAGUUAUUCGAAUGUAAAGUAAGCUAGCUACGCCAUUUCUACAGGUUGACUUGAAAAUUAUAAAAAAAAGUUAUUCUAAUUCAUUACUACUGGUGCUCAAUUAUUAGAAAAAAACAUGAAAUUCAAAAAGAAUUAUCUGUAAUUUUAUUCAGCGUGUAUUUUUAUUGCCGUUUUGAGUCAACCUGUAUAAAUACCACUUUUAACCUCUACACCCUUGCGGCAAUCGGGGCUUAUGCACAACUAUAGAAAAUUUAAAUUAAAUAUUCCUUAGAAACAAUGAAAUUUUAAGAAUUAAACAAAAUUCUAAUAUACUGAAAUAGUACAUUACGAUACAAGUGCGAAAAAUAGAAAAUUCGAAACGAGUGGCGAUAAAUUAAAACACGACCGAAGGGAGUGUUUUAAAUCGACACGAGUUGCGAAUUACCUAUUCGCACAUGUAUCGUACAACGUUUUACAGUACAUAUGGCCCUUUAAAUGUUCGACACAGUAACAUAAUAUGCUACUUCUCGCACUAGUGCUAUAAAGUAGCCCCAUAUGUACUGUAAAAUCUUUUAUCUACAAAGGUUGUAGGUGCCAAUUGUCGUAAGAGCCGUGAUAAUCUCGAGUGACUCGAAUUUUUGCUCAUAUUUAAUUUUUUUGUACUAAACAUAGCAUAAAAUUUCAUGUAAGUUUAAAUUUAUGGAUCUACCAUUGCACGGUCGAGGAAAUUGGUUCUUUAGCAAUUUGCGGUUUAAGUAAAUUUGGUUGUACAUACUUAGGCUAAGAUCUGUCCAAUGUAAGGUGAACCGUAAACUGCUAAAGAAUCACAUUUACUCGACCGUACAUAGGCGGUUGGUGUCUUAGCAGUUUUGCGAUGUUUUCUACCUUCUAGUGAAGUGUAGUAAUGUCAUCAUUAAUGACAAUUACUAUGGAAAUGUGACGAUAACGACACUCCCUCACGUUGUUCUGUUGUAGUCGGUGCAAAAUAAGAGGGGUUCUACCCAGCCAAUCCGUCUACCGGUCAGCCAAAAUAACUUCUUACCAACCUGAGUUAACCCAAUUCCAGGCAUAGUGCGAUUUAUUUAUUAUACGCGCCAAUAGAAUUUCAACUUUAGCAUUCCGAUUUAAGGUUCAAAUUAGAUUGCUUUUUCGGAAUAGGUGACGUCUUCAAAUGAAUUCAAAGCUGUAUUCAUAUUUCGAUUUUUUUGGGAAAACUUCAAGAUUGGUGCGGCUUGAAAAAGGGUUAAGAGUAGACCUGUAAGAGUAGAAAUUAGCUAUCAAUUUCCUUUAUUUUAUUUACGCGUUAGAUUACUAUUUUUAGUACACAAAAUCUAUUAAUUAUUUAAUUUAUAUUGAGAUUAUUUUUUCUAAUUUUUGUUGGAUACAUAUUUUUAUACUUAAUAUUCCACUAUCAAUAUUCUGUGUUUGGAGUAUUUUUACGAUUUUUACUUUAUACGUAGAUUUGCUAAGUAGUCGUAGAUAUUAGUGAAAAUGAUGAAAUUGUGAAUACAUUAGAAUAUAAGUAGAAUUGAAUUUGUUGGGACCCGCGCUCACACGCGCAGUUAUGUAAAUACAGGAUUUCAAUCACAAUUUCCAUAAUAUGACUUAAUGACGUAAAAGACAAUUACUAAACAAUACUUUUGCGUUUUACAUUUCGAAUCUUAUGUCUUUUUUUUAGCUCUAAAUCCAAGCGAAUCUUAAACUAAAAUAAUAAGAUCAAAAGUGUGAAAUUGACGAUUACUUUAAAAUUGAAUAGAUUCCGACAUUUUCAUAUCAUAUAUUUUUGUUAGUUAUUAAAAAUUUAACCAUCCUUAAACCGUUUGAUUUAAUAUAAUCGAAGAGAAGUUUCUGUUUGUAACCACGUAAAUUUACUGCCAUCUUUCGACACGUUAUUAAAACUUUUAGAACCCCAUUUGACUUUGAUCCUUAUUCUUUCACUGGUAUUUGUUAAAUUUGUUAAAUAUCAAAAAGUGGCGCCAUCUAAUAGAUCAAAGGCCAAAGGUAUAACCUUUAGUUUGUGCCCGGUAAGAUGGCGCCACUAUUUUGAUAUUUAACAAAUUUAACACAUAUCAGUGAAAGAAUAAGCAUCAAAGUCAAAUGGCGUUCUAAAAGUUUUAAUCAUGUGUUGAAAGAUGGCAGUAAAUUUACUUGGCUACAAAGUUUUCUUUCACAAUACAGCUCUAUUUCACAUUCUCUUUGAUAUAAUGUAACUUAAUAUAAUUGUAUUCGUACGUCAAGUCAUCCUUAAAAUUCGUUAUUAAUAUUUAUACCUAUUCUGCAAUGAAAGUGCAAAGAUUUAAACAUUUAGUAAACAAUCCUUGAGCAUUGUGUGGCGCGGGUAUUAGAUUUUUAUCAAAGUGAUGUUAGUGCCUUUUGUACCGUGUAUUUUGUUUAUAAAUCAUUGUUUAAUAUUAUAUAUAAAUAUUAAUCAUAAUCACCGUGCUAUGUGAUUUAACAAGUCUUUUUUUUUCGCUUCUUUCAUAUAUGAGCAUGCUGUGUUUUGUGGCUUUAUUUUAUUAACAUAAAUUGUCGUAAAAACACAGCCAAUGUGUCUAUAACUUACUGUAGUCUUCAAUUUAUCUACAUUAUAUUUUAUCUGUACUUCGAAUUCACGAACAAAUAUUUCUUGGUAUGUCUGAAAUAAUGACGUAAGGGACAAUUAGAUACUUAACUUUCAUAUACACCAAAAUUUAAUUGUCCUUUACAUCGAUUUUUUUGCUUGAAUGUUUUUUGUAUGUCGCGUCGAUAUUUUCUACUGGCCAAAUUAUAAGUGUUAUAGAUAUAGUUACUGUUACUCCGAGCUUUAUAUCUAACAGAAUCUCUAAUAAAAAAAGUCCCGUUUUUUCAAUCUAAAAUAUGCCUGUAACAAAAUAGAACUACUUGAAAAUUCCUGUCUCUUUCACUACUUAUGAUGAGUGAAAGAGAUGUGAGAAUAUAAUUGUGUCAACAUUAAAUAUAUCUUGUCCUCUUUCACUAAAAUAUUAGUUUAACUUUAGUAAAACAUAGUAAUAUAUAACUAUAAUAACCAGCCAACUUUAGUCUCUCCAUUCUCUACUCUUUAAUUAAGUCCUCCAUUUUACCUCAUACGGUUACAGUCAAAAAUGUUUAUACAAAGUCGUCAAAAAUAUGUGACCAUAAAUUUUUAAUUUUGACCUUUGCUGUAUUUUUUAAUAUUUUUAUUUGUAUACUUUUGAUCCAAAUAAUUUUAGCUUACUUUCUUUGUAUACAAUGUUUAUGAAAUAAUCUAUUUGAAUUUAGCAUAUUUUUUCAUUUUGUCAAAUCAUUGUUAAUGUAGAAACGUGUGUAUCAAAAGAAAGCCGAUAAAAACAUAGUUUAUUUACUGUAAUAAUUUGUAAUUGAGAUUCAGGAAUUGGUUUAAUCAAUAUCUGGAAAACCGAGCUUCGCUCGGAAAACAUAUAAUAACUCAAAACUGGGCGUUUUCCCAUAAGACCUGGCUAGAUCGAUUUUUCGCCCCCAAAAACCCCCAUAUAGCAAAUUUCAUCGCAAUCGUUAGAGCCAUUUCUGAGAUCCCCAAAAUAUAUAAAUAAAUAUAUACAAGCAUUGCUCGUUUAAAGGUAUAAAUAAUAUAAGAAUAUCCAGUUUUCUUAGCAUUACGGACUAAAAUUAUAUAUUAUAUAUACACGGUUUUUUUUAAAGUCCGUUAAUUACAAGAGUGCAUUCCUAAGCUUAAGUAAAUAUCUCAAAGAAACCGUUAUUCUAAUGAACUUAAUUUCGGAGAUAAUCAAAGAUUUAUUUUUAUCUUUAAGGUCCCUACGAGUGAGUACACUUGCCUUAAGGCCUGUUUAGAUAUUGAUUAGUGUUCAGUAUGAGUUAUACAUUUGCUACUAAACGCAAGUACUAUCUCGGACGAUCGGUAUUCGAAAGGUCAUUGAUAUGUCAUAGUUUUCAAUUGUUUGGUGGAUUGCAUUAUAAUGUACGUGUUACAUCAACGCUAUUAAUAACUUUUUACGAAAAAAAAAAUAAACCAUUCAGUUUCUGUAAAUGUACUUUGCAAUACCCUUAAGUUAACGGAAUUAAAAAAAAAAAACACCGUGUAUCUAUGUUUUUGUAUAAGUAUUUUUUAUAAUUUCCUAUCGCGUUCUAAAUUCUAAUUCGUGCUCAAAUAAUAUAGAUGGUUUUUAAUGUUGUAGAACAAAAAGACAUUGUAUUAUAAAAUAUUAACUUCAAAAACCCAUUAAGUACCUACUUACAGAAGACAAAGAUGGAGAAAAUUAUAUCCUAUAAAAAUUUGUUCCUUGUUUUUAGUGAAAUAUUUUGGGAAUCAUCGUCAAGGUUUUUUUUUGCAUAUUUGUCAAAUAAAUUGGUUAAGGUCUUAUUUUGUUAAUCACGUUGAGUAAGCUAACAAAAUAAAAUUUGCAUAUUUGUUAAAAUUUGGGCCUUAUUUUUGUGUUAUAGGUUUUCAUAUGGACAAACCUUGAUGCGGCAUGUUGUGUUAGACCUUCAGCAGAUAUACUUAUAAUAUUAUAAAACAAAUAAAUAUAAUUGCAAAAUAUUAUAAUUACUUUUUGUUGAGAAAAUAAAUCAUUUAAAUUAUUAUUUAAAACCCUCUCAACAAAUGUUUUCUGAAGCUAUUUUAAGUAAUAUAAAAAUAUGUUUAUUAUAUUUUAGGUGGAUAUGUUAUUGGAAUAAUCUCAAUGAAAUGUCUUCGAUCUAAUAAAACAUCCUAUGGUCUCGUAAAUAGUAGAAAAGCAAAUCUUUAAAUAUUACCGACAGCUUACGUUUGUAACAACAUAACAAAAAUUGUUUAGUUUUAUAGCAAGUAAGAAGGAAUGAUUGAAAUUGUUGUUAAGAUACUCUGGUCUCUUUAUAGUAUUUUAUGCAACAGUGGUAUAAGAAGGGUCAAAAAAGGCGAGUGGCGUGAGUUACAAUGUGAGCCGGAGCCGAAGGCGUAGGCGAACAUUGUAAAGGAAUACGCCACGAGAAUUUUUUGACCUACUUAUACAACGUUGCAUACAAUAUUUUUCCUACGAGUCAACAAAAAUAAAUCUUAAUUUAGGUAAACAAAUUACAGCAAAAGUAUAUAGCCAAGACGCGCGAGCAUACCUUGUUACGCGCCCGGCCCGCCCCGGGCCGCGGCCGGCCGGUCAGCGACACCUCCUCGUAACUCAUGAGGCCCUGGUACUUGCUACUUGCUAAAUUAAUUUUUUGGACAGUUUUUUCUCAAUUUUGGCCACCGUAGCCUACGGAGACUAACAAGCAACGCUAAGCGGUCUUCGUAGUCUAUGGGUGUUGCUAUAUUACGGGUGUCACAUGCGUGUUUCUGACUUACGAAGUAAUUAUUUUUACUAUGCAACCAAAUGAAUAUUUUGUACGUUGGCAGCAAUACACUUAGUUUAAAACUGUAUUCGUUUUGGUUUUGUUAGGUUGGUAGCCAUUAAUCGCAGUAACAUUAUAGCUUAUAAAAGCACAAGAGCUUUUAUGAGGAAUAGACAAUAUAGACUUUUCUUGAAAUCUUUUAUGUAUGUUCUUAUAUUCGUGUUAAUGAAUGCAUAAAUGACAGAUAACAGUAGAGGAGUAGGAAAAGUACAUAAUGUUGUUAACAUAACAUAAUGUUGUACAUAAUGUUCGUACCUACAACUGAAAAGUUAUUAACACCUAGACUCAUCUUUUUUGUUUUAUAAAUAUAGGAAACUAUAUACAUACUUAUCACCAUAUUGUUUUCUAUUUAGUAAUCAUAACUGUUAAAUCUAAAAAAAACCUUUUUACUCUACAUAUGAAUUUCUAUUUUAUUCAUGUAUUGCCUUUCAUUUUAUUUUCUGUAGUUAUUUCACUUUUCGGAUUUAAACUGUCGUGAGACAUACUAACAUUAAAAUAAUUCUACGGAUUACACUCAAGUAUUUUUAGUCACUCGCGCGACAUGUCGCAUUGUUAGUGUUUGAGAAAGGAGACCUCCGAAACAUGUCGCGCGAAUGACUAAAAAUACGUGAGUGUAAUCCGUAGAAUUAUUUUAAUAUUUCACUUUUUUUAUUAAUUAGGUAUUUUUAUUUUUGACUCCCUUUAAAUUGAAUUCUUAUGAUUUUAUAUCGUUGCGAUCCACAAUACAAUUUUUUUUGAUAUAUUUUAUAUUCGUUUUUUUGCAAUAGGAAAAAAGGAAAGCAAUCUUGACGUGUAUUUUUAUUGAAAUUUAUUAAUAACCGCUUUUUAAAAAUCAUUACUUAUGAAAGUAAAAUAAUGUAAAUGAUUUAUAAUUGUUACAUAUUUGCUGUGACUUAUUUUUCAAAUAUCUUUAUAAAUAAAAGUACACGUAAAGAUCACUUACCUUCUUUCUAAUGCAAAAAAAACGAACUUAUGAUAGAUGUAAGCAAGUUUGUAAAUAAAUUGAGUUUGUAAAAAAUACAUUUUGACAGUUUUACAUAUGCCGUUGCUCCAACCGUCGCCAUGAUUAGUGUAUUAAAUUGUAAAACUGUACAAAUGUCGAAUAGAGUCUAUAGAUUAUUGAUGAAAGCCAUGUUACAUUUAGAGUUAUUGUAAAAAAGGCAAUGUCCCAGAGAUUUGAAUACAUUUUGAACCUUGAAAAGCUUGGCCUCGUGAUAUUUUCCUUUUAUAAAUUCAAGGUGUCCACGGUCGGGCAUUCUUAGCACCCCUAUUUCUGGUGACGAAUCAUCAGUAACUGGCCAGAAAUAGUACAAUAACGGGAGCUGUGGAGACAGCGGGGAAAGGCCUUCGCCUAGCAGUGGGACACUAACGGGCUAGCUAUAAAAAAAACAUUGAUACAUAAGGGGAUUUAACAAUACAGUUUUACAGUUCAUGUAUCUAGCUUGCAUGCAAGCGUGCAAAUUUAUAAUCAGUAAAAUUAUAAAAAAUAAAUUUAAAUUUAUAUAUUUAAUGUCAAAUCGAAAUUUCAGUUCUUUUUAAAUAAAUAACUAUUAUUAUUAAACUAUAUAUUAGUAUGCACUUAUUUCAACAGUUUUCGAUUACUUAAUUCUAUACCGAAAGCGUGACAAGCAAUGUCAAUUAUACUCCUUCUUCCUUCUCAGCAUAUAUGCGUCCACUGCUGAACAUAUGCCUCUUUCAUGGAUUUCCAUAUUGUUCUGUAUGCGGCGGUUCUAUGCCAGGACUCUGCCGUCUUUCUGAUAUCGUCCGACCAUCUGGCUCGUGGUUUUCCGUCACUUCGGCUUCCCAGUCGAGGUCUCCAGAACAGUACUCGCUGGCCCCAUCGGUCAUCAUCUCUGCGACAGAUAUGGCCGGCCCAUUCCUAAUUUCACUGUUGACAGCGUACAUUGAAUAUAAUAUCUAAUUUGUAUGAAAAAUAUGAAUACUAAAGCCUUCUUUGUUUAGGUUAUUUAUGUGUGUUACAGGCCCCAACUACACGGUACGUUAUAUAUUCCCACAAAAUCAUAAAAAGUGGUUACAGCUAAGCUUUUCAUUAAAGCGCUCGUUUUUAGAGUCAAACCAAGUUGGCAGCUAUUUUGAUCACCCAGACUGUGCACGGGGUAUUUUAAACGUCAAACUUCUAUAAUCUCAGGUGCUGCAGGCGCCCAUAGGCUACGGUGAAUGCCUACCGUCAGGCUGGCCGUAUGCUUGUUAGCCACCGACGUGGUAUAAAAAAGAAGGAAAAAAUAUGACGUUUAUGAGACUUGCACCGUCUGAUCUAUCAAAAGAUAUGACGUUUAUGAGACUCACCGUCUGGUCUAUCAAAAAAUAUGACGUUUAUGAGACUUGCACCGUCUGGUCUAUCAAAAGAUAUGACGUUUAUGAGACUUGCACCGUCUGGUCUAUCAAAAACUAUGACGUUUAUGAGACUUGCACCGUCUGGUCUAUCAAAAUCGCUGCCAACUUAUUUAUGUUUUACUCUGUCAUUUGAAAUGAAAUGGAUUUGUUUUAAGGUUCAAAAUGUGUUAUCUCAGCGCCUGAUACUUGUAAAAUAGUUAUUUUUCAUACUUGUAAAGUGUUGCAGAAUCAUUUUAUGAUUAGCUUUGCCUUUAAAGAGUCCCUGACGCAUAGUGUUCCGAAUGUGAUGACUUUUUUAAUAAAUCAAAUGAAAUAUU